CUCCAUCGCCUUAAAGCUUCCCACCAUCAACCAGCAUCUCCUCUCUCUGUCUUUCUGCGCAAUGGCUGCUUCUGCAACCUCUCUUCCAUCUCCUCUCUCCCUGACCCUUCUCCUCCUGCUCCUGGGCAGCAUCUCCUCCCUGUCGCGAGCCGCCGAGGUCCUCGUGGGAGGAGCCGCCAACGGCGGCGCCUGGAAGAUCCCCUCCUCGCAGACGGCCGACGCUCUCAACUCGUGGGCCGAAGCCCGCUUCCGCAUCGGCGACGCCCUCGUCUUCAAGUACGACCCCGCCCAGGACUCCGUCCUCCAGGUCACCAGGGCCGGCUACCUGGCCUGCAACGCCUCCGGCCCCGUCGCCCAGUACGUCAACAAGGGCGGCGAGGCCAAGGCGGAGCUGGACAGGUCCGGUCCCUUCUACUUCAUCAGCGGAGCUCCCGGCCACUGUGGGAAGGGACAGAAGCUGAUCAUCGUCGUGCUGUCGCCCAGGCGUGCCCCCGCCGAGGCGAGCUCUCCGGCUCCUGCUCCGGCGGAGACCGAGGUGCCGGCGGUGGCUCCGACCAGUGGGGCUGCGAGGUUGGGCCUCAAGAUGGGUUGGGCCUUGGCUGCGGGCUCGUUGUUCGGGGUCUUCGGCUUGGGCUUGUUUUGAGUUGAAGAUACAUAAGGGAUUUCCGUUCUGUGUGGGGAUGAGAUGGAAUUAUUGUGAUGUUCCCUUCCCAAUCGUUUAAAUAUGAUUCGUUAAUUCUUUGGAAAUUUCCAGGUCAUCGAAAAUUUUACAUGUAUUCCUAUUGGCCUGAGCAAUCCAUUCUAUUUUUUUCUGAAGAAAAUAUAUAUUUCGUGCAGUUUUUAA